AUGACCAUAAGGGAGCGGAGGAAAGCGAGUCUGGAGGCGGAGGGGUACAAGGACUUGAGUCAGGAUGCCACGCGGUUACUGGCAGAUGGUUACGCUGCAAGACGGACAAGGAGGAAGCGGAAUUGGUAUAACUAUUGUAUAUUUGGUGGGAUUAGUGGCUUGACGAUUCUGGCUUUCCUCCUAGUUCUCAAUCUCCUCCUCGGUGUUGCGACUCUCCUUUGGACCUCAGACCUCGACCAUGUACUGCAGAAUUGGGGACAACCAGGUACAGGAACUGAAGGUUUGGCGUGGUACCCGACCGACUUUACACGCGAUAUCCUACCUAUCCCCUGCCAUUCUCACAACGAUUAUUGGAGACGAGUCCCUCUAUUCUCAGCUCUGCGGGCUGGAUGUACUGGUGUGGAGGCAGAUGUGUGGCUGUUUGAUGAAGAGCUCUACGUUGGACACAAUACGGCAAGCUUGACACGAAACCGAACAUUUGCAAGCCUAUACGUUGAUCCCCUGGUCAAAAUUCUCGAGGACCAGAAUUCAUCAUCAGACUUCUACAACGGCACAUCCCAUGGAGUAUUCGAUGUUGAUCCAGGGCAAUCCCUUACUCUCCUCGUUGAUCUAAAGACCAGCGGAGCUGAAACAUGGCCUUGGGUGUUGAAGCAGGUCCAGCCGCUGCGAGACCGAGGCUGGCUUUCGUUCAUGGAGAAUGACACCGUUCACACACGACCGAUCACUCUCGUUGGAACAGGCAACACACCUUUCGACGUCCUCACUGCCAACUCUACUUAUCGAGACGCAUUCUUCGAUGCGCCGCUGGAUACAAUGUGGGAAGCACGUAGGGUCACACCUGAAAUGCAAUCGUGGCCCAAAUUCGAUGACUCUCUGCCAGGUGAGAGACUCGAUGAAGAAGAAGGCAGCGCAGAGGAGAAGCUCCCCACUUCAUCCUCCGAAACACAAGAUUUAGGACAAGGAUUAUCUGGCACAUUGCCAGAUACAGAGUUCAAUCCACUGAAUUCCUAUUAUGCCUCUGUCAGCUUUGGCAAAGCAGUAGGCAGGAUAUGGAGGGGAAGAUUGAGUCCUAGACAAAUGAAGAUCAUCAGAGGGCAGAUCAGAGGUGCCCAUCGGAGAGGCCUGAAGGCUAGGUAUUGGGACCUGCCUGCUUGGCCACUGGGCUUGAGGAAUCAUGUCUGGGAUGUUCUGGUUCGAGAGGGAGUAGAUUAUUUGAAUAUUGAUGAUCUGAGGGGUGCUAGCAAGCAGGUCUGGUGA